AUGGAAAAAGAAGUUCAAGAUACGACUAUUUUAGAAAAUUUAGAAUUGAUUACCUCGUUAGAAGAAAGUUUUCAUGAAGAAGCAACAGCAGUAAUACCAACAACCAAAAAUUAUAAUCAAAAUGAUAAUAGAUUUAAAUUAGACUUACAAACUAUUCCUAUUGAAUGUGCAAGAUAUGGAUGGAUUAAUGUUGGUGAAGAUUGGCUUGAAUGUGAAUAUUGUGGAGAAAAAAUGUUGGUAAAAAUACCAUUAUAUCCUGAUUUAGAGAACCAUUUGGAAAAACAAUAUUAUGAAGCUCUUACUACAGCACAUUCAACCUUUUGUCCAUGGCGUGAAAUACCAUGUGAAGCAGAAGCAAAAGGAAUUGAUAGCAUGGUUUUGAAGUCAGCAAUAUAUUUAUCAUUAUUUGGAUGGAAAUAUAUUAGUAAAUAUGGAAUUGAUGAGUUGUUAUGUGAUGUGUGUUUUAGAGAAUGUUCAGGGGGGGAUAAAGAAAAUUCAAAAGAGCACCAUUACAAUAAUGAUGAUGAUGAUGUAGCAGAAGAAAUCCUUGCUUGCAAAAACGAAGAAGAAAUUUGGGAUCUGUUACAAAUUAAAAAUAAUCAAGUAUUUAAUUGCGAAGGUGAACAUUAUUGGUAUUGUUUAUGGAUUGCCAAUGUAUUAACUACCAUUAUAUUAUUUUUGAAAUAG